AUGACUUCGGGCGACCAGCUCGCCUUCAAGCCGCCAGAUGAGGCGAACGCCCGAUACCUCGUCAAGUUGCACAUGGUUGCCGUGGAAAUGAACUCUGACACUCUGAAGAAUGGAAUACUCUAUUACACGCUGACAGGGAAAACUGCUGAAUCAGUAACUGAGAAUAAGAAGAAGUGUGAUUGUAAGCCUAACUACAUUGGUGAUGGUCUGGAGUGUGAGCUGAAGGUGCUUCCAGUGAAUCGCUGCAUGCAGGAUAACGGCCAGUGUCACUCUGACGCUCAGUGCACUGACCUUCACUACCAGGAUAAGACCGUUGGGGUCUUCCACUACCGUUCUCCACUGGGAGUGUACAAACUCAACUACACACAGGCCCAGGAGGCCUGCAAGCAGGAGGGAGGCACUAUUGCUACAUACACACAACUGUCCUAUGCUCAGCAGGCUGGGUACAGUCUGUGUUCUGCCGGGUGGCUCGAGCAGGAGCGCGUGGCCUAUCCCAUGAGCUAUUCCCACCUCAAAUGUGGCUUUGGUCACGUGGGCAUCGUGGACUACGGCAAACAAACUGACCUGAGCAGGACCUGGGACACGUUCUGCUACCGGCCAAAGGAUGUGAAAUGUGAGUGUAAGAUGGGCUACAUUGGUGAUGGAUACACUUGCACUGGAAACCUGCUACAGGUUCUCUCCUCCAAGCCCAACUUUUCCAACUUUCUGUCACAAAUCUUGAAUUGCUCCAGAACUUCAGCAUCAGGUCAAGAGUUUGUGAGGCGUCUCAGCAACAUAACCACCCAGUCCACCCUGUUUGUGCCUGAUAAUGACGGUCUCUAUGAGAACGAGACACUGUCCUACAGGGAUUUAGAGCACCACCUGCUGGAUGGGAGAGCUCUGGUGCUGCAAGCUCUCAUUAACGUCAGCCAUGUUCGAACACAUCUGGGACAUACACUCAGUGUGAAAGGGGUUCCUAGCCUGCAGAGCCCCCAGACACUGGCUUCAUUUGGAUAUGUCAAUGACCAUUACAUUAUCGAAUCCGACAUUUUUGCAUCCAAUGGGAUCAUCCAUGUGCUGCAUGGACCACUGAAAGCUCCACCCCCUCCGGCCCCUUCCCUCCACCCCGCCCACAAGGCAGGGAUGGGCAUCGGUGUUCUGUUACUCAUCAUCCUUAUCAUGGCUGGAGCAUUUGUGGCCUACCAUUUCUACACCCAGCAAUCCAAGCCUUUCCAGUUCCACUACUUCAAGGAAGAUGAGAAUGAAGACAGCAGCCCUUCUGGAUCAGCCCCGUACAUCUCCAACCCCACGUAUGAGUCCACACCUGCCCCCACUGACCCCCACCUCCCAGCAGAUGAGAAGGAUGAUGAGCAGCAGGUGGUUGCCAGUGGCCCUUAUGAUCUUCUGCAGGAUAGCUGA